UCAGAGCUGCUGACAUGAGUCUGUCUUCUGACUGUCAAAACAAGACCCUCGCUCCCACGGGUGACAUGUCAACAACGACCCAACGCAGCAAGAAGCGACUGCAACACAGAAAAUGUUGUGAGUGCAGCGCCUCGCUGUCCCAUUGGUAUUAUGAAAAAGAUGGACGGCUCUUCUGCAAGAAAGACUACUGGGCCAAAUUUGGGGAGCUGUGUCACGGCUGCAAUGAUCCGAUCACCACCGGCCUCAUCAUGGUCGCAGGGGAACAGAAAUAUCACCCAGAAUGCUUCACCUGUCUGAACUGCAGGGCGUUCAUCGGUGAUGGAGACACAUACGCUCUGGUGGAGAGAUCCAAACUCUACUGUGGUCACUGUUACUACCAGACCAUCGUCACCCCGGUGUCGCUGCCGGACUCACCAUGCUCACGAAUCCCUCACACAGUCACGCUGGUGUCCAUCCCAGCCUCCGCUGAGGGCAACAACGGCCGCAGAGGGCGAGGUUUCUCUGUGGCCAUCGACCAGCCGCUCAGCCCGACCAAUGGCUACAGCCCUGAUCAUGGACACACUGUCAGGGUCUCCCAGGUGGACCCAGACUGCAUCAGUCCAGAUGUGAAAAAUUCCAUUCACGUUGGAGAUAGGAUCCUGGAAAUCAAUGGGACGCCCAUUCACAAUGUUCCUCUGGAUGAGAUCGACCUGCUGAUACAGGAGACAAGCCGGCUGCUGCAGCUCACCAUUGAACACGACCCUCACAGUCAGGGGCAGGAGGGAGGCUCCUCGGAGGCUGAAGAGCAGGUGGACGGUCCCCUGUCCACCCCUCUGUCUGAGGGGCCCAGCCCCACCCUGCCCAUCACCCAGCCCCCCAACCCCGAUAUCAGCAACCUGAGAUCCCGCAUCAUCACGCGGAGCUACAGCAUUGAUAAGUCACCAGGCUCCAGCAACGCAGCGUCCCCUAUCUCCCAGAGGAAGGAUAUCAAUCGAUCUGAGUCGCUCCGCGUUGUUUCAAACCGGACGCACCGCAUCUUCCGCCCAUCUGACCUCAUCCAUGGAGAGGUGCUGGGGAAGGGCUGCUUUGGACAGGCCAUCAAGGUGACCCACAGGGAGACAGGGGAGGUGAUGGUGAUGAAGGAGUUGAUUCGCUUUGAUGACGAGACACAGAAAACAUUCCUGAAAGAGGUGAAGGUCAUGCGUUGCCUGGAUCACCCCAAUGUGCUCAAGUUCAUUGGAGUCCUCUACAAGGACAAGAGACUCAACUUCAUCGCAGAGUACAUAAAAGGAGGCACCUUGAGAGAAAUCAUCAAGAAAAUGGACAGCAGCUAUCCGUGGAACCUGCGGGUCAGUUUUGCCAAGGACAUUGCUGCUGGGAUGACAUAUCUGCAUUCCAUGAACAUAAUCCACCGGGACCUGAACUCACACAACUGUCUAGUCCGAGAGAACAACACCGUGGUGGUGGCAGACUUCGGGCUGGCUCGGCUCAUGAUCGAUGACAAGCAUGAGGAGAAGUUGUCGCAGGGUAAACUGUCAGGUCUGAAGACGAAGCCCGACCGCAGGAAGAGGUACACUGUGGUGGGAAACCCCUACUGGAUGGCUCCUGAGAUGAUCCAUGGGAAGAGCUACGAUGAGAGAGUAGACAUCUUUUCCUUUGGUAUCAUGCUCUGCGAGAUAAUUGGCAGGGUGAACGCAGACCCAGACUACCUCCCCAGGGCGAUGGACUUUGGACUGAACGUGUCUGGUUUCCUGGAGCACUACUGUCCCCCAGAUUGUCCCCCUGCCUUCUUCCCCAUGGCUGCUGUGUGCUGUGACCUUGAUGCAGACAAACGACCUGCUUUCUCCAAACUGGAGGAGUGGCUGGAGAACCUGAAGAUGCACUUGGACAUUGGUCUGCCCCUGGUGUCUGAAGUGGACCAGCUGCACAAGGCCUUCUGGGAGAAUCACAGCAUCAUGCGCCCUGAAAACGGCCUGCACACCCACCCCGAACAGCCAGAGUAGGACUGAACACAACUGGAGGAGUGGGAAGUUACGAGUUAACCCCACCAGGGCAGCGACUGCCUGCCUCAGGUGGUGCAGUGGCUGGAGGAAUCCAUGUUUGAAGCAGAUGCAGCGGCCUCAGGCUGGCUCAGGCUUAAUGAACAGACUCAGGGGGAAAAUGUGGAUGUGAAAAGCCACCUGUGCGAGAUGCACUCACACACAUACACAUACACACACACACACACACACACACACACAUUCAAAGAAAAUCAAGAGACAUUAACUACGAUAGCUUGAUUCUGCUGCACCCGAAGCUAAAGUGGAACAUGUCAUAUGCAAUCAGACCCGACUUACAAAUCAUGACUCAACUCUUGAAUCGUGUAGAUUUAACAUUAGAGGUCAUACCAUUCAAGAAUACUUACUGUAGUUACUGUAGUGUGUAUAUUCAUGUGGAUAAGGUAGUCCAAAAAGCAAGGCACAGAGCAAACCUUCAGCCUCACUUUGGGCCUCUACAGAGUACAUUGUGCACCACGUGUUUCUGUGUGAGUUUGGUUUGAUUUUGCUUUUUGGUUUGGAUCUCAAAACUGAACUUCUGAAAAAUGCAGAGGAGAGGGGCCUGUCAGCCUCUCACGACGCAAAGGUUGAGAUCAACUUGCUGUCCACUUGUACAAGUCAAACAAAACCUUUCAAGCUUUAAAUAGCUCACUGAAGAGUGCAUGACUGUAAAUAAUGCUGUCAGGUUAGGUCCUGGUUCAUUGUGUCCCUCUCAUCUCAGACCUACUUGUGUCUGUGGUGCUGCCCCUCUCCCUCAUUUAUUGUGUAGCAUUGACUUAACACUGAGGUACACAUCUUUGGCAUAAUUUCGGUACGUUGCCUCCCUAAAUUUAAGAGCUGUUAGUGUAUCUCAGUCAUGUUCAUGUGGCAUCUUUAUUCAUGCAUUCAUACCAGUGUAGAUAGCUGGCAACAUUGUAAAUGUUUUAAAUAGUGUAAAUGUACAGACAUAUUUUAUAUACGUAUGCUACAUUGCCAUAUUUUUAUUGGCCGACCAGUUGAAAUUAAGGAGAGUAAAAGUUUGACUGCAGUUAUAAGGGCACAGCCGAAAGUUUUAUUGUUUAUUGUUUCUACAUUGUCACUAUUGAAGCAGGUUAGAGGCUUUUAGCAUUUGAGAUAUGAGGAAUCUUAUCACCAUAACACAUCUCCGACCCUCAGUUCAAGCUCAGUAAAUGUUACAUCCUGUCAUUUCCCUCCAUCAAAAAAGUAUUUCUCCACUUUGGAUCGGCCCUCUUGGAGUUUUCAUGUAGCUAUAGAUGUGUGCCGGAGUAUAUCAAAUUAUUGGAAAGGGUUUUAUUGCCAUUUUAAACUUGCUGAACUGAAUCUGCAUCUCAUGAUCAACAAAAAUUAUGUGUGAUAUGAUGAUUUUUGAGGGCAAUCGAUCUGUUAUUAAUUAUUCACUCUCGUCUCAUGUACUGUACAGUAGUUCAGCUGUGGGGAUAAUAUCACCAGGUACUGUCUCAUUAUGUCGGCUGUCUAUCUGUCUCUCCUCCUGUGGAUGACCCACUGUUUGUUUACAUGUAAAUGCUAGCUGUAAAUAUCACUGUAUAUACGUGUCUGUCCUAACAUCUGUCUGCGUGCAUUGCAUAAAUAUGCGCACUCCUCAGAAAUGAUCUCUUCCUCUGGUCAAAUUUCUCUCUUGCACCUUCUAACAUAAGAUUUCUGUCUCUAAUCUUUUUUUAUUUCCUGCUGUUGUUUUCACAAGCUGCAUGAUGCACUACAUAGGUCUGUUCAGCUUAUAAACCAAGCUAUUUUUGUCUCUAAAUAUUGUGAUUUUAAGUAAGAAAACAAAGAAUGGAAAAAAAGUCAACAGAGAAAGCGAGGCUAAAAAGGAAAUGAGAAAAAAACAGCAUUUGUUUUUAUAUAUAACCACUGAAAUCUUUUUGUAUAGAUUUGAGUACUUUAAUUUGCACUAUAUUACCAAAUGGCUGGUUGAAGCCAUGUUUAUUAAUUUCCUCUCGGGCUACUUGUGAUAAGGAAAUAAAUGUCGGUUCAGGUUGAUAUAUGAAUGCAAGACACUGAUAGAGCCUUUCAACUGUAAAAAUGGGAUCUGGGGAAUUCAUCCUCUUGAUAGCAAACUGGACCACGUGAGCAUAAGUUUCUGAUUAUUUAGAUGCAAUUUUUGUGCAUGGUUCAGCUUUAAAAAUGUUUUGGCAGGAGACAGUUCGAUCCCUCUGUGAUCUUACUGUAAGUAAAGUUAUACAUCUGUGGCAAUAUUGAUUAUAUUUUCCAUUUUUAAGCAAAAGUCUCCAAAACUGUUAAAAUACUUUCAUGCCCAGUUGAAUAGCUCCUAAGAGACAAGGUUUCCCAGUCUUUGCUACCAAGAGGAUAUGGUGUCCCAGCUCUGCCUGCUGCCUACAGACUGGUCCUUUGUGAAUGAUGUUCUGUGUUGUUUCUGACUGCUUGGUUUCAUAUGUGAUGCCCACAGAGGCUGCAACCACUGCUGCUGCUUCUGAUAAUAGAGCACUGGCCUGUCUCACCUCUCACCUCCUCGUCACACUCUUUUGGCUCAGGGCCGUAAUUUUCUGGAGCUUACUUCACAAUUCAGUUAAUUCAGCAGCUUUAUAGGAAAGCAGAACUCAACAGUAACAGUGCAACUCAAAUAGCAUGUAACCUCCUGUCAAUGUAUAGGCUGUUAACACAAAAUACGCUUCUGUAAAACAAGCCCCUCAUGGUUGAUGUGUUCGUCCGUGGGCAUGUACUGUACAUGAGUGGCUUUGCCAUGUUUCUGUCUCCAUUUCCAGUCUGAGCCAUGUCGAGCAUGUUAGAUGUGUCUGCGAGGACGUGUUGAUGAUCAAUGAGAAUGUUUCAGCAGCACUUCUUUGCAAAGGAUCGUUACCUCUGAACAAUGCUGUGCCUUUGUUGUAAGCUAGCCUUGCCAACGACUCGAAAAACGUGAACUGAUUUCCUUUUUUUAUGUAUCAUAAGUGCAAGCCUGAUUCAAGUGGAUUGAAUAUCAUUGCUGAUACUAUGUUGUAUGAGAUUUCAUUUUAUUCUGUAUCGUAUUUAUAUUUUCCAGAUCUCCAUUGUCAGUUUUGAUAUUUUAAUAUUAUAUUCCUUUUUUUUUGUCUUAUUUAAUUUUUUACACAAGCUGUGAAAACAAUUCUGCACUUUAAUCCUGAACGUGAACAUUUAGACUCUGAGGAGGCAACUGUUUUUUUUUCCUUUUGUCACAGCUAAAAAUAAAACUGUUGCUCCUUAAACAAACCAAAGACUCAAAAUGUGUUCAUUAAUGAUGAUGCCUAACUCAAUCUCUGUUAAUUCACGACAUCUAGUGAUAAAAGAGCCCAAGAAACCGAAUUUACUCAAUCAUUGGCCUUUUUCAACUACUGAAGCACACAGCUCCAAUAAUAUGUGAAUUCACACCAGAAGAGCGCUGCAUUACCUGGGCGGACAAAAUGUGUGGGCCACGUUA